GUUUCUUUUCCUUUGCCUGUCGCUGUCUGCAGAAGUAGGUUAGUUGGCUGGCGGGGCCGUGUCUCUUUAAGAAUGGGACGCGGAGCUCCCUCGGCGGCGGAUACAUUAUGACGCGGUUCGAGUGUUGAAACGUUCUAAAAGUUACGCCUCCGCAGAAAAAGGAACCAGAUAAGCUUCUUUCACUGUGGCUCCCACACUAGGGCUUUGGGAUUCCCGUUCCCUACUUCCCUCAGCUCCUCUGCCAGCCCUUCUCACCUUCAGCCAUGCUGACCAGAGAAUGGACUCGGGAGAACACGAUGUGCUGUCCACGCGGGAGCAGCUAUUUCACGAGAGGGUCCGGGAGUGCAUUAUCUGUGCCCUUCUCUUUGCCAGCCUGUACAUCUUGUGCUACUUCAUCCUAACCCGCUUCAAAAGGCACACAGACUUCACAACAGUUGAUGAAGAUGCCGCUGUCAACAGAAUUGCGUUAUGGCUGUGCACCUUCACCUUGGCAGUGUCGCUAGGAGCUGUGCUGCUGCUGCCCUUCUCCAUCAUCAGCAACGAAGUCCUGCUCACCUUUCCACAGAACUACUACAUCCAGUGGCUGAACGGCUCCCUUAUCCAUGGCCUCUGGAACCUGGUCUUCCUCUUCUCCAACCUCUCCCUGGUCUUCCUCAUGCCCUUUGCCUACUUCUUCACUGAAGCUGAAGGUUUUGCGGGGUCCAAGAAGGGGAUCAUGGCCCGUGUCUAUGAGACGUUUGUGGUGCUCCUCCUGCUGACAUUGUUGGUGCUGGGAAUGGUCUGGGUUGCAUCUGCCAUUCUCGACAACGAUGCAGCCAGCAGGGAGAGUCUCUAUGACCUCUGGGAGUACUACCUCCCCUACCUCUACUCUUGCAUCUCCCUGUUUGGUGUGCUGUUGCUCCUGUUAUGCACACCCUUUGGCCUGUCACGAAUGUUCACUGUCACGGGGACGCUGCUGGUGAAGCCCAGGCUACUGGAGGAUUUAGAUGAGCAACUGAACUGUACAGGAUUUGAAGAAGCUGCCAUUUCACGUAAGAUCAACUCUGGGAAAACCUCCUGCUGGCUUAACUUUGAUGUGGAAGUGCUGAGACAACAAUAUCUAGCAAUUCAUGCACACAGGAUUACGCUGGAAACACGCCGCAAGGCCUCUGCUUGGCAAAGGAACCUGGGAUAUCCACUGGCCAUGCUUUCUUUGCUAUCUCUGACGGGCAUCUCUGUUCUUGUUGUGUGUUUCCAUGUCUUGGAGCUGCUGUUGGAUGAUGCUGCAAUGCCACGAGGGAUCCAGGAUGCACCACUGGGAAAAGUUUCUUUCUCUGUCUUUGGCUCUUUUGGGGCCGCCAUGCAGGUGAUCCUCAUAUUCUAUCUAAUGAUUUCCUCGGUUGUGGGGUUCUACAGCUCCCCACUGUUCACCAAACUGCUGCCUGAGCAACAUGACACAGCCAUGACCAAGAUAAUUGGAAAUUGUGUCUCUUUGUUGGUGUUGAGCUCUGCACUGCCAGUUUUAUCUCGGACCUUGGGGAUUACAAGGUUUGACCUGCUGGGUGACUUUGGAAGGUUUAACUGGCUGGGAAACUUCUACAUCGUCUUUCUCUACAACAUGCUUUUUGCUGGCCUCACAACUCUAUGUCUAGUGAAGAAAUUCACCUGGGCUGUACAAGCUGAACUCAUCAGGGCCUUUGGCCUCCACAAGCUGCCUCUACCUGUGACACGGUCGCACCAGCCAUGCAAGCUCAGCUAGAAUAAAUGUUGGUGCCUGAAUCAAGCUUGGCAAGGCCACCUUGCCUGCAACCUACAACUAAGACAUCCUGACCUUGACAUCAUGAUUGUGCUUGUCUUCUGAGCCAUCAGAAGAGGGUGGGGCAGAGAGUUUUCUUUGCUUCACCCUCAUUUUGACCAACUGCCUGUCAGAACAGAAGGAAGGGAAGGUGGCGCCUUUGGUGACUUGGCCCUCCUCCCGUAUCCCAGAAGCCUGAGGAGGUGAUAGGUUCAAACUGCUAUCAAGACCUCCUUGCUCUCUUCUUUGAGGUCCCCGUUCCUAUCGGCUGAGGGAGCAUCUUGUAGUUCAUGUGGUGACUGCAGGACUAAGGCGACGGGAAUAGAUUGUGAAGAAAGAAGUCUUGGACUGUAUUGGAGAGAGACUAAUGUAGAAUUAGCCCCAGGGCAUUAUAAAGAGCAAAGCAAGCGUACAUGCUAUUGGCGAAAAGUGCCUGGUGUCCCUUGACUUGGCAGGGGAUGCUGCAAAUUACUGCUCUUGUUAUAUUUGACAUUGUCUUAAACCUCAUGCCCAUGCUGGCCUCUUUUCUGUCACUAGAUCCUAGAGCCCAAAUUUCUAGUUUUCAAUUUUGAGCCAGUUCUGAGUAGUAGAUUGAGCUCCAUUCCAUGUUUACAUACCUCACUCAAGUGCAAUAUAAGCUGGCGCUAUUGGGCCAUGUAUCUGUGGCUUUCCAUUCAGCAGCCAUCUGUGUGUGUAAGAGAAGAGGGUUUUCUGUAGGUUUGUUUUGCGUGUGUGCUUUGUGUUUUUAAAAUUUGCCCUGCAAUGUGUGUGUGUGUUUCCCUCUUCCGUAAUUAUGGGGUGUCGGAUCAAAGUAAGGUGGGUACAUCUGGUAAGUUUCUUCUUGGUGAGUUUUUUCCUCCCAAAAUGGUAACUGAGGGAUGGGGGAAGCAGCAGCCAAUGAGGGUACUUUUGCCCAGCAAAAUGGAGAACCCACCACCACUGCCAUUCCAUCAUUCUUGCAUCAUUGUAGAGGUAUCAGUGUUGAGACUUUCUGAAGUUGAGAAUGGUCCUUAGUGAUAUUGAUGCAACUUUUCGUUUCCUCUGACCCUAUGCCUUGCUUGCGACAGCAAAUUCCCGUCAAGGGUCAACUUCACAGCCAGUUUAUGUUCCUUCCCCACUAUCUAGGAAGAGGUGGUCAACGUGGUGCCCUCUAGAUGCUGCUGGACUACUACUCCCAACACCCCUGACUAUUGGCCAUGCUGGCAGGGGCAGAUGGGAGUUAGAGUUCAACAACAUCUGGAGGGCACCAUGUUGACUUACCUGUCUAUAUACGCCCAAUAAUACAAACAGCUCCUAUUAUUGGGGUGGGAAGACUUGGAAAGUGAGCCUGUUCAAUGUGGCAGUAUAUAUCAAAAUUAGGGGAAUGGAUGAGGGGAGAUGUUAGGAGAAAAAGUUAAUAUGAAGAAUGGUAUGGAGGGAAACAGCCCCCCCCCCAAAUAGCCACAGUAUUUUGAAGCCCUGUCACCUGUUCUGGUCCCCAUCCCUAUUCUCUUCCGUCUUUGGCUUCCUAGCCACAUGUCUGUGGAUCUACUAUGACUGCUCUGUUUGGCAUCUCUGUCUUCAGAUGCUGGCCUGGGUUCUCCAGUUUGUCAGGGCCCUUGUGUACCCAGUAUUGGACAAGAAUAAUAUGAAGGAAUUGAAUCCCAUAUUUGAAUUGGGAAGCUAUAAGUAGAAUUCCCAAGUUUGGCUUAAGAUGUGGAGGGAGGUGUCAAAUUUUCUAGUUCAGAUGGGAAUGAUUGUUCCUUACAGAAGGUAGCAUGUGUAUCUUUUGAGUGUUAUGGUAGGAAUUGCUGUGUGUGUCUUUUUCCUCAGUGUUUGUGGCACCGUUGUUUUGCUCUGUGUGUACGGGGCAAGGUCACAACUGUCCAUGUUUACAGCGUAAGCAGAAGUUGGCUUCAAGAUGUGUGGGUAUCCCUUGUGGGUAACUUGAAGAAGUACAGAUUUGCUGAGUCCUUGUAAUGUGGCACCCAUAUUCUCCAUAAACGUUACAGCUCGAGCUGAAGAAAGCUGCAUAUAAGUCCUGCACCCUUAACACAGCCUAGACUUGAACAGGGAAAGGGCUGUGUGUGGAUUAAUCAUUUUGUUUCCAGAACAUGUUAUGGCACUGUAGGCCUCAAUUCAGAGGGGAAAAACUUAAAUGGAGACUUGUGAUUCUUGUCUGCCUUUUUUGCUUCACGUAGUGACUGUCUGAUCUCAGUACUAUACUGUUCAUGGGACUUGUAUCCAUGUAAGCAAUAAAUUCCCUAGUCCUUCCCCUCCCC